AUGGACCCUAAAGGAUUUAAAUUUUAAUUGAAUAUUCAUAUUGAAAAGGUUGUAAUAAAUGUAAAUUUUCAAUGUAAGAUGCAAGUACUUUUAAAAAGAGGUAAUGUUUUGAUUUUCUAAUUGUGUAGGAAAUUAGAAAAUUGAAACUUUAUAAUUAGCAGAUUUCACUAAAGGUAUUGCAUAAAUUAAUGAAACUUUGUCAUUAUAGACCAAUAUUUAUUAAGUGAAUGGAAUUUAUUAGGAGAAGAAGGCUUAGUUAACUGUUGUAAUAAUUACUGAUAAAGGAAAUAAAGCAGCUGGCUAAUGCUAAUUAGAUUUCUCAACAUACUUAAAUUAAAAAAAAAAUGGUAUUUUUAAUGGCAAAAAUAGACAUUCAUGAGUAAUUUCAUUUAGAUAAGUGUCCUGACAAACAUGCAAAAAUUUUCACAAAAAUUAAAUUUAUACAAUUAGGAGAAAUUGAUUUUGAUACAAUUAGUUAAGCAUCCACAGUCACAGUAGAAUAACCAUCUGAUAAAAAACAAUUAAUUUUAACUCCUGAAAAAUAAUUAACCGAAAGCACAGCUAAAAAAAUAUCAUUUGAAAAUCAAUAGAUUACAAAUUCUUGUAUUGAUAAUUCUAAUUAAAAAAUUUAAUCUUAAACUCCAAUUGUAAGUGAUAUCGAUCCAGCUAUAAGUUUAUAAAGCUAAGCUAUUUCUAAAACUUAGUUAAAUGUAUCAUAAAUAAAUAAUGAAAGUAAUGAAUAAGUAAAAUUGUAAGCCGAAAUAAAGGAUUAAAAUAAUUAAUUAAUAAAUAAAGAAACUUAAAUAGAAAAAGAGAAUAAAUAGGAAUUAUUAUUACAAGGGCAAGAUUAAAAAUAGUAAUUAGAUCAAAAUCUUAUUAAUAAUUAAUAUCAAGAAUAAAUUCUUAAUUAUGAAAAAAAAUUAUCUUAGAUACAAAUUGAUAAUUAAAAUUUAUCUUUGUCAUAUAAAAUGGUUUUAGAAAAGCAUAAUAAUUUACAAGAAGAAUUUAAUACUUUGUAACAAGCAAUUUCAAUUGAAAAAAAUAAAAAUAAAUCUCUACAAGAUAAACUUAAAGACAUUUAAGAAAUAUAAUAAUAAAAAGAGCUUCUAAAUAAUAAUUUAAAUUAUUAAAUCUAAGAAACAUCCAUAAAGAUGAAAGAGUAAGAAAAUUAUAUUGCUUAAUUAAAUAUAUAAAUUUUAGAAUUAAAUAAAAAAAUUGAUGAAGUUAAGAAUUAAACUUUGUUAGAUAAAGAGAUUAUUUAAAAAUUAGAAUAAUAGGUUUAAUAAUAUCAAUUGGAAAAUAACUAAUACAAUGAUCAAUAAAAUAUUUUAGAUAAGCAAGUAAAUAAUUAAUCAUAAAAUAGAUAUUACAAUAUUAAUAUUAGAUAUAAGAACUUAACUCCUAAAUUUAAGCUUAAGAGCAGCACGAAAUUUAAAUGAAAAUUACAUUGCAAUAGGAUUUUGACUAAAAGUUCAGGGAAUCUUAUCUAGAUAAUGAAAAGAUGAAAAAAGAUCUUUAUGAAAAAUCAUUAGAAUAUUAAAAUUUAUAAAAUUAGAAUUAACUGAAAAUUAAUUAGAUAAUCGAGAAACAUUCAUAAGAAAUAUAAAAUUUUUAAGAAACGAUUUAAAAGGAUUAAGAAUUAAUAUCUUAGAUUGAUUAUCUAAAAUAAGAAAAAAAUUAAUUAGAAUAGAUAAAUCUAUAAUAAAGUGAAUAAUUAAAAAUCUUGGAAUUUCAAUUUUAAUAAUGCAAUCUUAGAGAAACAAACUUUAAAUCAAAUAUUCACUCUAACGAAGUUUAAAUAUCUUAAUUAUAAAAAAUAAUAAAAGAUAUCUUUGAUUAAACAUAAAUUUUGAAUUAAAAAUUUUUAGAUUAGUAAAAUUUUGAUAAUGAGGCACAAAUUUCAAGUAUACUAGCUAAACUAUAUACACAAAUAAAUUCUUAGAUUAAUAAGCUUAAAUCAGAAAUUGAUUUGCUGAACUCUUAAAUAUAGUUAUAAAAUGAAAAGCAUAAGGACUAAUUUACAAAUGAAAAAGAUUGUUUGAUUUAAUAAAUAUAAGUUAAAAAUUGUGAAAUUAUAGAUUUGAAAUAAUCAGUAAUAAAUCUAGAUGAGGAAAAUAAAUAUUAAAAAAAAAAAAUUGAAGAAAUAAUAAAUGACUUAUAGUAAAAAGAUGCUGAAUUAUAAAAUUAGAAUUAAAUUAAUUAGAAUAUUAUUUAGAAGUAAAACACAUAAAUUUAUGAUUUAUAAAGCUCAAAUUAAGAAUUACAAAUGAAUUUAAAGGAUUUAAAAAAUUAUUAAUAAGAAAUCGAAGCAAAGAAAUAAAGUUAAAUUAAAAGUAUUGAAGUAAAAAUAAACCAAAUGUAAAAUGAACUUAAUGAUAAAGAGAAUGUAAUUAGGAAUUAAAGUCUUAAACUAUUAGAAGAUGAAUAAAUUAUUGAAGAUUAUAGAAAAGCAAAUGAAGAGUAAUUGACUAAGAUUUAGGAAGAGUAAAAACUUUAUGAAUAUCAAGUUGAAUAAAAUAAAAUCUUCCAAACUCAAUUAGAUAUAAAGGAAAACUAAUAUUUAUAAGAGAAGAAUGAAUAUCAGCAGUAAAUAAAUAUUUUAGAGCAAUAAAUAAAUAUUUUGCAGCAAUAAAUGAGAUCGUACCAAGAAAAAAUUCCUGAAGUACAAGCUCAGUCUAAAGAACAAGAAGAUACAAUAAAUUAAAGCAAAUAGUAAAUACAUGAAUAGUAAGUCCUUAUAGAUUAAUUAGAGUAAAAAAUCACAAUUUAAAUUGAUCAAUGUAAAGAAAAAUUAGAUUAAUAAAACUAACUCCAUAAAUUUGAAUUAUAAGAACAAACUGAUAAGAGUGAGCUAAGAAUUUAAUAAUUGGAGGAGGAAUUAAAAACUUUCAAAGAAAAUUAGAUAUUCCUACAAGAAAAGUUUUAAAAUAAUUAGUUCUAAUAAAAUUAAAAUUAAGAUUAAAUUUCAAAUUUAUAGUAAAUUAUAGAAGAACUCAGACUUGAAAAUUAUGCAGUUAAGUAAGAAAAACAAGAAUUAGAGAAUUUGUUAAAUGAUUUAAAAUAAAAUCAUUCAUUUUUAAAUAAGUAGGGUUAAGAAUAAUAAGAAUUGUGUUAACAGUAAUAAAAUUAAAUUAUAGACUUUAAAGAAAAGAUCAAAGAAAUGAAUGGUACAAUUAACAAUUUAGAAAUAGAAAAUAAAUAAAUUAUAGAUAAAUUAACAAAUGAUUUAUAGGAAUUACAGUAAUAACUUUUUAGUGAAAAUGAUGAGUGGCAAAAGGAAAAGGAAAUUCUAUAAAAAUAGAUUGAAGAACUUGAAAAUAAUAAAGAAAUAUUGAAUGAAUAAUUGAAAGAAAAGGAAUUACAAUUAUCGAGGGUUUAGGAAUAGAAUUUGGCAUUAAAAAGUUAAAAUUAACUGUUAAAUGAAAUAUAAUUAAAGGUGUAAGAAUUAGAUAAAGAAAAUAGAAGCAACAAACUUAAAUGGUAACAAUAGGUUGAUGAAAUAAACAAGAAUUAUAAUGUUUAAGUGGAAAAUUUAACCAAAUAAAUUGAAACAUUGGAAAAACAAUGUUAGAAAAAUGAGUAAGAAAAUGAUGAUCUUAAGAGAUAGAUAAAUUAAAAGGAGGAUGAUAUAAAGUUAGUAGAAGAGAAAAGUAAAUUAGAUUUAUAAUCAUUAUCUUAAAUUAAUAAUAUAAAAAUAAGAGAAAAAGAGGAUAAAAUACAAUAAUUAGAGACAGAUAUCUUAUAAUAUUAAUAAAACGAGUUAGAGCAAUAAAGUUUAAUAAAGUUUUUAGAAAGUGCUAAAGAUAAUCUAGAAAAAUUGUAAAUAGAAAAUUAGGAAUACACAUAAAGAAUAUAUUCGACAAAUGAAAAACUGUGUGAAUAGAUUAAGUAAUAGGAAUAGUAAAUAAUUAUCUUAAAGAGAGGAAUAUAGGAAUUAGAAUAAAAAGGAGAUUAGUAAGCAAUUGAGAUAUCAAAAUAGAAGUUCUCAAUUCCUUAAUCUGUUGUAGAGAAUCAAAUGAAUUAGAAAGUUUAAGAAGCUUCGAAUUAGCUAAUUGAAUAAUUGUAAGAGGAAAUUAUAACUUUAAAAUGUAGAAUAGGAGAUAUGUUAAACACAGCUUCAGAUAUUGGGGGUUCGAAGUUGGUAGAUAGAUUAUAAUAAUGUGCUUUAGGGAUUAAAGAAUGA